UUUUUUUUUUUUACUUUUUUUGCAUAAUAUGCAAACGAAUAUAGAAAUUAUAGAUCUUGAAGAUGUAUUACCAACAACUGAAGAACAUGUAUUCUGCAAUAAUGUUGCAAGAAAAAUAAUAUUUUGCAUAGACAUUUCAAAUGAAAUGAAUAAAGAGCUUCGGGCAUCCAUAAAUACUGGCAUUAAAGAUACUAAUUUAUACUACAGUUCACGCUUAGAAACAAUACAAAGGUUCUUGAAACGAUUUGUGAAAGUAAAUAAAAUACUAGGAAAUGAGUAUGAUAAAUAUGCUAUUAUUCUACUCUCUGAAAAAGCACGAUGGUGGUUAGAUUUUACAACAGACCAAGAUGAAUUCACUGUAGCAAUAGAUACACUUUGUGGUGAAACCACAAGGAAAUACGAAAAAUUAGAUACUCGUUCUAUCUUUGAUGAGAUUACUAAACAUGUUGAUCUAAAUGACACCAGUUAUUUUACACAAAUAAUUUUGAUUUACAGUAGAGAUCAAACUAUGCCCACACUUUUUGAUAUAAACGAAAAGAAAUAUGCAGAUAUACGCAAUUCUCCCAAUUUUACAUUUGAUGUCAUCUUUUUACAUGAUGGUAAAUUAUCAACAUCAAUACAGGCGAUCUAUGAUGCAUGGGGUGAAUUUGAAAGUAAUAUAGUACCGGGUUGGUAUUAUGAAGCGAGCUUAUUUCUUGGAAAAGACAAAUUAUCAAAGGCUCUAAUGCAACUUGUUAGUCAUCCUUUACAAAGAAGUAAUCAGGAGAAUAUAGAAGAUGAAGUAGUGUAAUUGUUGUGGUUUAAGAAGGCGUAAUAGGAGUGUCAUUUAAGAUGUCUUGAAUUGACAAUCUCAUUGUAUAUAAAUUUAUAUGAAUUUAAACGUAUACUCAGUAUUAACAAUGAUUAAUGACUGUCUAGUAAUUUAUUGUACAUUGAAAUAAUUUCCUAAUUUGUUAUUAUUAUUAUUAUUUCAAGUUCAGAAUUUAGAUAAAUGUUGAUCUAUCAACACUUAUUAUGAUAAUAAAAUGUGCUGUUCGCUAAUUUCGCAAAGUGAAUAGAAAACAGUCAAUUAUUAAGAUUUAA